AUGUCUCGCCUCAGGCCGUUAGAAGGCCGCACGAACGCGAAGCUGAUCGUGCGCGACGACCUACGAACCCUAAUCGACUGCGACUACGAGGACGACUACCUAACCAUAGAAGACUCCGUGCUGGACCUGUACGUGCUCGAGAUCCUCGGUAUGACAGACGCUGCAUUCGCCUUGGGGCGCGACGGGCGGGCGAUGAGCAGCCACGGAGUGAAGAAGAUCCGGUUCUGCGCCAUGGUCAACGUGGUGCUGUUUGUGCGGCAGCAGCGGCGCAGCUCGGACCGUGGCAGCUUGCUGGUCGACGGCAUCGGCGUGCUCGAGGCGCGGGCUGCGGCGGUGGCUGAGGGCGAUCCGGAGCGCGCCGAGGAGCUGCGCGACGGGAUUGCGUUCCUCGAGCGCCAGCUGGCCGCCAUCGAGACCAUGCUGCAGAGAAUGGCGGACACGUUUGGCUCGCCCGACAAGAUCCAGGCUGUUACUGCUACAGCGCACAACCGCUGGCUCGUGGACGAGAUUCUAGACCAGUACGACACGCUGGUUGACCAGGCUGUGGAGGCUCUGGGGGAUCUGCUAGAGUGA